AUGGAUCCCUACAGAAAUUUUUAUGGGACGGAAGGAUGCAGCAGCAGUGAAUCAGGGUGGACAACAUACAUUGAUUCUCCCACGCAAGAAGAUGAUGCCGAAUGCAGCAAUAUUGAAGAUGUCGGUUACAAAAACCAUCAUUAUAUCGCAUAUCUCACCAGGAAAAAAGUUGGCAAAGAUGACAAUGAGAGUGAUGAUUCAAUGGCUUCUGAUGCUUCUUCCGGCCCAAGUCACCACCAUGAUCUCGCGCGUCCGCGCAGUAAAGAGACUAAAGGCACUGCGCGCUUCAAGCGUGAUAACGGCAAGCAAUCAAGGCACAAGAGCACAAGCAAACCAGAGAAGAAAACUGGUGAAAGGAGUACCAAAAAGAAGUGA